UUGGCUAAAUAUGGAGAGUCAUUUUCCCAAGCUACAUUUUUUUAAAUUCACUUCCUAGCUUGGUGAAAAAUAACCUUGCAAAGUUAGUUUUUUCUUUGGCUUAACGUUACACUUCCAACGGAAACAUGACAACAUGUAUCUUUUAAGUUUAUAGGUGUUUACGUUAGCUAGCCACAUAAAGCUAUGGAAAAACAUCUAUCACUAGGUAGCUAACAAGGCUAGCUAAUGGACUAGCCAUCACUACAUUCCUAAGUAUAAAAGUGCAAUUUUUGGACCUUCUUCUGGGUUUUAUACUCGUUGUAUAAGCUUAUGCUUACAAUUUAUAAUUCAUAAUGCCUUUAUUUCGUCUGACCACGGUUUUAAUUGUGGUUGGUAACGUUUGUGCCACUUGGAAAGACAAAAGUUGAACCCCUCCUCGACUAACUCAGAGAGCACAACAGAGCCUGUUCUCCAUGAUGUGGAUGUGUGUUGCUGUUUUCCUGCUGUGGCUGAGGUCAGGAGGAUGCACAGAGAAGGCCAACACAUCAGAAUUAAUAGAGUACACAGCUGCAGACUUCUAUGAGAAAUUGCAUUCUGGGAAGAUGAUGUUUAUCUAUUUUGAGCAUCAAGUCUCUCCUACCAUCUCUCUGUUCUUGCUGGAGUUAGAGAAAUCUGCUGACGCACUGCAGGAUUAUGGAGUACUGGUUGGCAAGGUCAACUGUGAUAAAAAGCUGGUCCAGGCAUACUGCACAAAAGAAAGGGAGCGCCACACAGCGUUUCUGUUCAGAGGUGGUAAGGAGUUCCUGGGUUUUGAUUUGGACACAGUGUUUGACGUCAACUCCAUAGUGUCUGAAGUCCUGUUUGCCAUUCUGCGUGAAGAGGUGAAGUACGUCCACACUGACACUGACCUGCUGGCCAUGGAGAAAGCAGCCAGAGGGAAGAAGGAUAUCGUGCUGGGUUAUGUCCGCAGUCUGGGAACACAAGAGCACAGAUCGAUGAUGGAGACAGCGUAUGUCUACGGAUCCAAAUACCAGUUCAUCCUCAUUACCGGAGGCCCUGUUUUGAAGCACUUAGGUGUUGAUGAGUCGUCUCCCUCCUCUCAGGUGUGGUUCCUCCACUGUAGAGUCCACAGUAAACUCCCACUGAGCUCUGAGCGCUGCCCUCUGACCCGCAUGAGGAAACCCCUCUCCACCCUCAGCCUGCACUCCUUCCUGCAGCUCAUGGAGGCUCCACUAGUGUCUGAAGUUUACGACGACCCCUCCUCGGUGCAGCCCCCCCAGUUCCCCUACCAGCAGACCCCGCAGGUCUUCCUGUUCUCUCGCCCUGCGACCAAGCAGCAGGACCUGGACACGGCCACCGCUCUGGCCUGGAGGCUCCGGGGCCUCGCCCUGCUGCUGCUCGUUCACAGACAGAGUCCUGCUGUGAAAACCCCUGAUGAAUAUAAUGCUGCCUACAGGCUGCCUGAGAAGAGUUCAGAGGUGAAGUAUUUGACCCUGAACGACCAUGAUGAGGUGCUGGAGCUCUUCACGAAUCAAGAGAAAGAGGAGGAAGACGAAGAGGAGGACGAGGGGUGGCUGGAGGACGAGGAGGUGGAUUCACAUUUUGCCAAGCUGGACGAUGAGAUUGCUGCGUCCGUCUACGAAAACCGAGGCAACCUGCCGGACAUGGACUCAAUUACCCAGCUAACCUCUGACAACUUCCACACGGCAGUAUCUCAAAGCAGCCUGACGGUGGCGCUUUUCUACCUCAAAUUGGAUGCAGUUUCAAUGGCUUUCCUCAGCUCCUUCAUUGAAGUUGCAGAGAGACUUGAAGGUUCUGAGGUGCAGAUGAGUGCAGUGGACUGUGGCGAGUGGACCGACCUCUGCGCUGCUCAAAGCUCCCUCCCAAUCCCCUUCCAGCCAAUCACGGCCUUCCCCUGCGUCUUGCUGCUCCGCCCUGAGGAGCCGGCGCAGCUUUACAGAGGCAUGCUGGGUAGUGAGGCGCUGCAUCGCUUCAUCUUGCUGAGCCUCCAAGCAUCUCCCGUGCUGCUCUCUACCAAAGAGGAAGUGACAUCAUUCCUUCAGGAAGUGCCUCACCCUGAGCUAGCAGGCUAUCAUCCUGACAGAGUGAUGGGACUGUUUAAGACACAACUACACACAGGUGUAUCACUGUUUACUGAAGCAGCAAAGUCUCUGAGAGGAGAGAUGCUGAGCGGACUACUGACCAAUGGGCUGGCAGAGAAAUGGGCUGCAGAGCACAGCAUGGAGCUUCCUGCAGUGUUGGUGUUUCCAUCUUGGAGGACACACACUCCUCCCUCCACGCUGCCUGUAUCCACCUCCUCUGAGGAGCUGCUCACACACAUCCACUCUGCUCUGCUGCAUCCUCUGCCUGAGCUGACGGUGGAGAACCUGCCCUCCUUCCUCUCUCUGGGUAAAGCCCUCCUCCUCCUCUUUGUGGGAGAGGAGGAGGACGAGAUCGGGCGGAGGCAGAACCAGGCGCUGGUGGAGGAGAUGAGAGGAGUGGUGGAAGUGGGAGGAGGGAGGAUGGAGCAGUACCUGGCCUGCUGGAUCCACCUGGGCCGUACUCCAGCUGGUAUGUCCGUCCUGGGGUCAUACCUUGGCUCCAUGCCCCCCCUCCCCGCUCUGGUCCUCACCCAUUUGCCCUCAGGAGAUGAGAUUUAUCAGUUCCCCCCCAACACGCCUAUAGUGGCCUCCUCCGUCCUGCUGUGGCUGCAGAGGAUCCAGGGAGGGGCUGUGUCAGCGGCAGGGAUGUUGGGGGAGGACAGCUGGCCUCCUGCUGUCGAGUUCUUGGACUUCCUGAAAAUCAUGGACGUACAGGAACCAGACUCCGCCCAGCAGCAAACUCCAGAAGAGGAAGAGGAGGAAGAGGAUAGCAAGGAAGAAGAUGUGAACGUGGACGAUUCCUCCUCCCCCUCUGACACGUUUCACAAUAACCCUCACUCUGAACUAUAACAGUGAACUGGGACAUUAAGUAAAUGAUUAAAAAAAUGUGUUUCUAUUCA